AUUUAAAAUUCGCUUAGAAUUCAACUCAACUCAACACUCUAAGCUGAAAUCUGAAGCAACUUUAGCGAAUGAGAUGGCGAGUGGUAACACUAGUCAUCUCUUAAGCCUCUUGCUUUUGCUUCUAACUUUUCACUCUUCAGUUGCUGAGGUUUUCUUCGAAGAGAGAUUCGAAGAUGGUUGGAAGAGCCGUUGGGUGUUAUCCGAUUGGAAAAGGAGCGAGGGGAAAGCUGGCACCUUCAAGCACACUGCAGGGAAAUGGUCUGGUGAUCCUGAUGACAAAGGUCUUCAGACGUAUAAUGACGCCAGGCAUUUCGCCAUAUCUGCCAAGAUACCGGAGUUAAGCAACAAGAACAGAACCCUGGUGCUGCAGUAUUCAAUUAGGUUUGAGCAGGACAUUGAAUGUGGUGGCGGUUACAUCAAACUUCUUUCUGGUUAUGUUAAUCAGAAGAAGUUUGGUGGUGAUACUCCUUAUAGUUUGAUGUUCGGACCAGAUAUAUGUGGUUCGCAGACAAAGAAGCUCCAUGUUAUACUAUCCUACCAGGGGCAGAAUUACCCUAUUAGAAAGGAUCUGCAAUGUGAAACUGAUAAGUUGACUCAUUUCUAUACAUUUAUUCUGAGGCCUGAUGCCUCUUAUAGUGUCCUAGUUGAUAAUCGGGAAAGAGAUUCUGGAAGCAUGUACACAGAUUGGGACAUCCUUCCUCCAAGGAAAAUCAAGGAUGUCAAUGCAAAAAAGCCGGCAGACUGGGAUGAUAAAGAGUACAUCGAAGAUCCUAAUGAUGUUAAACCAGAGGGAUAUGAUUCAAUUCCAGUUGAAAUUCCUGAUCCAAAAGCCAAGAAGCCUGCUUACUGGGAUGAUGAAGAUGAUGGACUAUGGAAGCCCCCAAAGAUUCCUAAUCCAGCAUACAAAGGACCAUGGAAACGCAAGAAAAUCAAGAACCCCAACUACAAAGGAAAGUGGAAGACUCCAUGGAUUGAUAACCCAGAAUUUGAGGAUGAUCCUGAUCUUUAUGUUCUCAAACCAAUUAAGUAUGUGGGCAUUGAAGUGUGGCAGGUGAAGGCAGGUUCAGUUUACGACAAUAUCUUAAUUUGUGAUGAUCCCCAGUAUGCAAAGCAAGCUGUGGAUGAUUUUAUGGCUAAUAAUAGAGAGGCUGAAAAAGAAGCUUUUGAAGAAGCAGAAAAAGAAAGAAGGGCUCGGGAAGAAGAGGAGGCACGGAGAGCAAGAGAAGAGGGUGAAAAAAGGAGGAGGGAGAGGGAUCACAAAUAUGGCAAUAGGAGGCGUCGUCGAAGGCCGGAUCCCCACGAUAUGGAUGAUUACCAUGAUGAACUUUGAAACGUGCACCCUAGGUAGGUGACCGAGGAGUAACUGCAGAAAUAAAAUGCAUCUUUGAAGUUUUUUGAGUGUUGUGAAUUGUGUAGGACCAAAGCUGCAACUGCACUGACCAUGCCGAGCUGUACUACUGAAUAGAACUGUACCAUCUGAAAAAUGAGAGUCAGUCAUUAUGUUAACUUUGAUUUCUUUUGGAUUAUUAGGUAACAGCUGGUAAGCUGAUACUGUAUUCGAGGAUGGAAUUAAAACUAUCUAUCUGUAACCGAAAAGGGGCAAUGAAAAAAAAAAAAGAAAAUGAAUUUUUUAGUACAUUA